AGCCCCACCUCCUUUCUGCUUUCUCUUCCUUCUCUUCCCUUUCUUUUUCCCCCCUUUUCCCCCCUUCUUUGCUCCUUUCCAGCCCAGCCACUGCUUCGCACCCAGCUGCCCUCCCAGCCCUGCCUGGACCCCCCAUGCUGACAGCAUUGAGCUCUUCCCGCUGCCCUCUUGGUUUCCUUCCAUCGGCCACCGAAGCCUGGCGAGCAGCGAGCCGCCGGCAUGGGGCCCGCUGACGAGCUGGUCCGGAUUGCCAAGAAAUUGGAUAAGAUGGUGGCCAGGAAGAGCACGGAAGGGGCGUUGGAUCUGCUCAAGUCCCUCACCGGCUACACCAUGACCAUCCCACUGCUCCAGACCACGCGGAUCGGGGUGGCCGUCAACUCGGUGCGGAAACACUGCUCGGAUGAAGAGGUGGUGACCUCGGCCAAAAUCCUCAUCAAGAACUGGAAGCGGCUGCUGGAGUCUUCCAGCAUCCCAAAAAAGGAUAAGGACGUGGAUGGGAAGAAGGAGAAGGACACAGAUGGGGAGAAGGAGAAGAAGGAGAAGCGGUUGGGUUUUGCCAGCUGCCCCAGUGAAGGGACGAAACCCCCCAAGAGCUUUGCUGAGAAGCACAGGGAGAAGCACAAGGAGAGGAAGCCCAGCAAGACCAGUUCUCAUGCCAUCACCCCCCGAGGCCACCCUGCCGACUCCAGCUCGGAGAGAGUCUCCAGCGACGGCCGGAGCUCCGCUGCGUCCUCAAAGAAGUCACCUCUGGAUGGCAAGAAAGAGAGGAGAGACUCUACUGACUCGAGGUCCUCUACCACCUCGGCCAUCUCCUCUUCUUCUCCGCAGAAGAGACCGUCAGGGGAGAGGAGAGCCUCUGUGGGCACCAGCCCCUCGCCAACUCCCACCGGUUCCCGGAGGAACUCCAGCGACAGCAAGGAGGAAAGCAGAGCCAACAGCAGCAAGGGCAAAGCGGAGACCCCACGGACGCCCACCAGCCCCACCUUCUCGCCCGGCCCUUGCCUCCUGGCCCCCUGCUAUCUCACCGGAGACUCCGUGCGGGACAAGUGCAUCGAGAUGCUGACGGCUGCCCUCCGCAUGGAUGAUGACUACAAGGAGUUUGGUGUCAACUGCGAGAAGAUGGCAUCGGAGAUCGAAGACCAUAUUUUCCAGGAGCUGAAGAGCACGGACAUGAAGUAUCGCAACCGGGUGCGAAGCAGGAUCAGCAAUCUGAAGGACCCCAAGAACCCCAACCUGAGGAAGAACGUGCUGUGUGGGGCCAUCCCGCCCAGUCUUAUCGCCCGCAUGACAGCCGAGGAGAUGGCCAGCGAUGAGCUGAAGGAGCUGAGGAACGCCAUGACCCAGGAGGCCAUCCGGGAGCACCAGAUGGCCAAGACGGGCGGCACCGUCACCGACCUCUUCCAGUGUGGCAAGUGCAAGAAGAAGAACUGCACCUACAACCAGGUGCAGACACGCAGCGCUGAUGAGCCCAUGACAACGUUCGUGCUGUGCAACGAAUGCGGGAACCGCUGGAAGUUCUGCUGAUGACGCCCAGAGAUUGGGGCUGGAGGGAAGCUGCACGAGAUGGGAUGCUGCGAUGGACACGCUGGGCAGCCAGGGUGGGGAGAGAGGGUGAUGAGGCAGCACCAGACCCUGCAGCUCGAUUCCCUCUUUUCUCCCACUGGGCUCCCUUGAACAUCCCAGGAAAGGUGGUUCUGGUGGUUGGUGGGUUUGCUCGGGAAGAGCCAGGUGGAUUCAAGAGGUUCUUCCAUGUAGACACUUGCCCUUUGCUUGGAGCCCACUGAGAACGGACACAUCCCUGGACAGGGAGACUGCUCUGACCUGAGCACCUUGUCCUUCCCUGGGCAAAAGGUGGACUUGGAUGAUUUGAGGGCAGGAGGGACAUUGCCCCAUGGAUAUGGGGCUGUGCUACUAUCCUGGUGGCCAGGGGUGGGAAAGGGUCAGAUUUUACCCCGAAACACAUCCUUCUUCACCUAAGUGCACACAGUGGGAGAGCACAGAGGGAGAGAGGGGGGUUGGAAGGUGUCUGAAUGCUGGAGAGAUGCCACCGUGUUCCUCCAACCCCGUGACACGUGGACUUGGCUUGAGGGAACUCCUGUCCCCAGGAAAGAAGGAGGGAUGAGGUGGAGAGGAGUGGGAAAAGCCCUCCAGCUAGAGCAAUAAAGGUGUGAACUGUCUCUGCGGCACAGCCUGCUUCCU